AUGGCGGCCGAAGUGGAUGUUCGCGCCAUCUCUGCCUUCUCCUCCCUACCUGAGAGUUCCGUCACUUCGCUCAUCAGCCAGCCGACGACUGAGCUUGUGACUGCUCUCCUCCGCGCGAUCGAGGCAAAAGUGAAAGAGUUUGAGCAGACCAAAUCUCAAAAGGUCAAACUCGAAAUAGAGCUCGAGACGGUUGUACGGACAAGUGAAUCCAAAGCAAAAGUUCUGCAAAACUCGCGCGACAAGGCCCUCGCCGAGUCAAGUAAACUUCGCGUCGAGUUGCAAACUUCCGAAAAUGCACGAUCAAAGUUGGAAAGCGAGCUCGAACAAUACCGUUCCGCCACGGCCAAUGAGAGUUCAGAGGUCAACACUCUCAAGUCACGUAUCUCUUCCCUCGAAGGCUCCAACCGAGAUACCUUGGCUCUGCUCGAGUCCAAGAAUGCCGCAUACGACAGCCUAUCCCAAGACCUCGCAACACAACACCAAAAGAAUGCAGAACUCCGAAAGCAGAUCAACGCUCUCGACCAGUCCGUGCAGUCCGCGAAUGCUGCCGUUGCGAGUGCGAGGUUUAAAGAGCAGUCGCUUCAGCAAGAAGUUGAAAUGCUGAAGAAAAACAACGAGUGGUUAGAGACAGAGCGGAAAAUCAAGGCGGAGGAGCACACAAAUUUCCGGAAGGAAAAGAAUGCUCGCAUAUCAGAACUUUCGAGGUUGAAUGAACAAUACAUCUCUGAAGCCGAGACCCUGAGACGUUCGGAGACUUCUCUCAAACAGCGGUUGGAGGAGCAGACGGCCAGGUUUGAAGAAACGUUGGAGGAGAUGCAGAAGGUUCGGGAAGAAAAGAUCUCUGCCGAGGACGCAUUCAGAGUCGAGCUUGAGAGUGUAAAUCGACUAGCUGAGCUGCAAGCGGCGUCUGCUGAGACAGCUAAACAGCGCGUUCAGGAGCUAUCUGCUGCUCUGGAAGAAGCCCGUGAGGAGGCUGCAGAAGAGAUUGGCACCAUACGCGCUGAGAUUGAAACCGAACACAAUGACAGGGUCGCUGCUGAGCAACGUGUGGCCGAACUCGAGGAGUCUCUGCAGCAGAUGUCAAGUGAACUGGAACAGGCCCGCGCAAGACAGGGCACGCCUCAACGCACAACUAAUGGUUCAGGUAUCACAACACCACUUCGACCUGGAACCCCUAGUGGCAUUUUCUCUCCAGCUUCAGUAUCCAGAGGGAAAUCUCAAAUGACCAUGACUCAACUUUUCUCAGAGUACAAGAAGCUCGAAGGGGAACUGGCCAGCGAGAAGCGUGCUAGGGAGCAAUUGCAAGAAAGUCUCGACGCCAUGGUCGACGAAUUGGAAAACAACAAGCCUGAGAUUGAAGAGCUGCGUGCCGACCACGCCCGACUGCAGAGCGAAGUCGUCGAAAUGUCUGCGAUUGUCGACAAGACCAACGCUGAUCGGGACGCCACAGUGAAAGAGCUAAGGAACUGCCAAGGUCAACUUGAGAGCAAGUCGCGAGAGGUUGAGGUUCUGGCUCAACAACUCCGAGAUAAGGGCUCAGAGAUUCGAUGGCUCCUGGUUGAGCAAUAUGUUCGCGAGCGAGGCGAGACUCUCACCCGCGAAGAUUUCGAGGAACUGGAGAAACAGACUGAAGCAGCAAUGUCGCAGGACAUGGCAAAUCUCUCUGAAAAUCAACAACUGAUCAAUCAGCGACUCAUCGUCUUCAAAAACAUUACCGAACUACAACAGCAGAAUGAGAACCAGCUGAAGACGAUUCGAAAUCUAGUCAGCGAAUUAGAGAACAACGAAGCAAAGGAUCGAGAACAAGAGAACUAUACUCUCAGCCGCGAACUUGAACAAGCUCGUGCACAAAUCGCGUCGUACCAGGAUGAGCUGAGGACGAUGGUCGCUCAGACCAAGAGCUUUGUCAAGGAAAGAGACAUGUUCCGGAACAUGCUGACUAGACGUGGCCAUCUACCCAGCCAAGUCCAACCGAAUGACUUCUCCCGGUCGUUACCAGUCCCAAGCGGAGAGUCACCUGCAGGGUCUGUGGCUGGCGGCGACUCUGAUUACGCCAAGCUCCUCAAAGACCUUCAACAACAUUUUGAUUCGUAUCGACAAGAAGCUUCGACUGACCACACCGCUCUGAAGAACCAGGUGGCUGAGUUAAGCAAGAAAAACUCCCAGUUGCAGACCGAGAUCAGUCGGACUGUGGGGCAAUUAACGGCUGCUAAUCAACGGUAUGAAAUGCUGCAAGCGAACUAUAACUCGCUCAAGCACGAAAACGAAGAGAUUCAAAAGCGAUCAUGGACUGCCAUGGAGAACGCGACCAAGAACGAGCUCAAGACGCAGCAAGUUGCCGAAGAGCUUGUUGAGGCGCGUAAUCUUCUAGACAGCUUGCGUCGUGAUUCAGCAAACCUGAAGGCGGAGAAAGACUUGUGGAAAAGCGUCGAACGGCGCUUAAUCGAGGACAACGAAUCCCUGCGAAACGAGCGAAGUCGACUGGACAACCUCAAUGCAAGCCUCCAGACCAUCAUCAACGAGCGGGAACAGACAGGUUCGGAAACGCGACGUCGUCUGCAGUCUCAAGUAGAGUCAUUAGAGUCUGAACUUCAAUCGACCAAGAGAAAACUCAAUGACGAAGUCGAAGAAAGUAAAAAGACUGCCCUACGUCGAGAAUAUGAGCAUGAACAAGCUCAGAAGCGAAUAGACGAUCUUGUCACCAGCCUGGGCACGACGAAAGAGGAACUGGCUUCCGCGAAGACGGCUAAGGACCAUCUGCAAGCCAGAGUUGAUGAGCUCACUGUGGAACUCCGGUCUGCUGAAGAACGCUUGGAAGUGCUGAGCAAACCUGCAGAGCCUACGACAGAGACAAGCGCUUCCGAGGACAAUGUUUUGAGCAAAGAACAAGAAUUAGCAGUGGAAGUUUCAGAACUCAAACGUGAUCUUGAGCUCAAGACGGCGGAACUUGAACGCGCCACCGAGCAGGUCGAAUUCUUCAAGAACAUUAGUCAGUCGAGUGAAGAGCGCCUUCAAGAACUAGGCGAGACCAACGACCAAUAUCGCGAAGAAACGGAGGCCGCGCUUGCUGAGAAGGACGCAAAGAUCAAGGAUCUCGAGCAGCGAAUUGAAGAUAUUUCUGCUGAACUUAAUACCACCAAUCAAGAAUUGUCACGGCUGCGAGAUGAACAAGCAGAAUUUGGUCGGAAACUCGAUGAGCAGAAGGCUGGUUUCGAGUCUGAGAUUGAGCGGCUGAAGGAAGAGGCGGAAAAGAGUGCCGAGCAAGCACAAUUCAACCUGGAGGCCUCCAAGAUCCAAGCUCAAAUUGCCACGGAAGCUCAACAAAACUAUGAAACCGAGCUGUUAAAGCAUGCGGAAGCAGCCAAGACAUUGCACACAGUCAGAGACGAAGCCAAUCAACUCAAACUAGAGAUGGUUGACUUGCGAACACAAGCUGAGACGUCCAAGGCAGAUCUUGAGAAGAAGCAGGCAAGUUGGGAAGAGAUGAAGGAGAGAUACGAGAGAGAGCUUGCAGACCUCAAGAAACGACGCGAGGAGCUCGCCCAGCAGAACAACCUUUUGCAUGGCCAACUCGAAAGUGUCACCCAGCAGAUCACGGCUCUGAAACGCGAUCGCGCAGCGCUGACGGAAGGCGUGAAUGGGGAAGCGCCUGCCCAGCCCUCUGCGGAGCUCGAUAAGCUACAAGAGGUGAUUACCUACCUCCGCCGGGAGAAGGACAUCGUCGACGUUCAAUAUCAACUUUCGGUUCAAGAGGCAAAGAGGUUGCGGCAACAGCUUGAAUUUACCCAAUCGCAACUAGACGAAACGCGGUUGAAGCUCGACCAGCAGCGCCGGUCCGAAGCGGACGCGGAUCGCAACGCCCUCAGCCACAACAAGCUCAUCGAAACUCUGAACGAAUUGAACCUGUUCCGCGAAAGCAGUGUUACCCUGCGAGCAGAAGCGAAACAAGCCACCCAAGCUUUAGCUGAGAAGACUCGGCGCGUGGAGGAGUUGGAAGGCGAAGUACACUCGUUACACGCUCGUGUUGCGGAGCUUGAGAACUUGCUGGAAUUGAAAGAGGGCGAGUUGAAACUGAGCCAAGAAGACCGCGACCACUGGCAACAACGCACCCAGAACAUUCUCUCGAAAUAUGACCGAGUCGACCCUGCAGAAAUGGAGGCCCUCAAAGAGAAGAUGACCACCCUUGAGCAAGAACGUGACGAAGUCCGCGGAGAGCUCGACAAGGCUAUUGCCGAGCGCGACGAGGCUCGUUCAGCUCUUCAGACACAGAUUGAAAGCACACAGGCGGCAGUCGACUCUGCUAAAGGCGAGUUGAAGACGAGGCUGGAGAUGCAGUUCAAAGGAGUCCUCAAAGAGAAAAACAGUACCCUUCGUGAAAGAAAAGCCGAAUUUGAUGCACUCGUGGCCGAGCGAGAUGCAUUGAACACGGAGCUCGAUUCGCUGAAGGAACAACUGGCCGCCGCCGAAGCACGUCCUGCUCCGGCAACACCGGUUCAAGUCAAUGGCGAACACCCAGCAACGGCUGACUCUUCAACCACGAGCGACACAGCUCGCGCCGACGCGGCCGGGCUGGCAACGAAGAUCAAGGAACUGGAAGAGUCGCUGGCAGAGAAGACCAAGGAGCUCGACGAGCUGCAAUCUGCACAGGAAGAAAGAUUCAAGUCAAGAGUGGCUGCCAAUGAGGCAAUCCUUAACAAGCGGUUGGCUGAGUUUAAGCAACAAGCCCAGCAAGCGAAAGUGGCUGCCCUUGAGGAGUUGACAGCCAAGCUCAAUGCCCAGCAUCAGCAGGAGAUGGAGACGCUCAGAGCUCAGUCAGUGCCUGUUGCCAGCGAGCUGCAGAAGCCUGCCGAAGAAACGACUAGCGCCGCUGCUCCUGUGAUCAAUGGCGAGAUUCCUGAUGAGGUAUUGUUGUCUCUGCCCGAAGAGAAAGCAAGAUUUCUCGUGAACAAAAACGAAACUGUGCGACGGAUUCUCAGAGCCAACAUCAACAAGAGUGUAGAGAAAGAGAGGGAGAGUAUCCGGAAAGAAAUGUCGGAAUCGCAAGGCUCUCAAACCGAAGGUGCUUCUGCAGAAGUCCUUCAGCAACUGGAGGAGCGGUUUAAUGCCGAGAAAGAGACCAUCGUCAAGCAAAAGGAGACCGAGUUCGAGACCGAGAAAGAAGCCUUGAUCAAACAGUAUGAAGAGAAGCUCGCUCGGGAAAAACAAGACAUGGCCAGCAAGCACGAAGAAGAGCUCAAGACUCAGAAGCUCCAUUUCGACGAAGAGUCGGCGAAGAAGAUCGAAGAACAAGUCAAGAAUGCCGAGCAGUUGGCGGAGAAGCGAGGUACUGUCAAACUUAACAUGUCUCAGAACAGAGCAAAUCUGGCAAUUGCGAAACUGGACGUGGUGAAGAAAGCAGCAGAGGAGACUCCUGAGAAGCCGGUUGGAGAGGUCUGGCAAAUCGCCAAAGACGCCAAACCCUCUGCUGCAAACGCUCCAGCAGCACCAAAGCCGUCUGCUCCUGCCGCUGCUACUCCCCCUGCACAAGCCACUGCGAAGCCGAACGUCCCUGUCAAAGCCGACGAGGCUACCCAGCCUCAACGUGUUGCUCCCGAGCAAGUAGCGGCUGCCCAACCCGCCUUGCAGCAACCAAAGCCGAAUCCCUUCAAUCCGCCUGCCUCUGAGCCUAGUCCUUCUCAACCUGCUCAAACUCCUCAGGCCACUCAGCCUGAAACUGGAAACAAGCCUCAAGCCGGCGCGGCGCUGAUGCAGCAACUCCAAUCUGGAAUUCCCCGCGGUGGAGCGAACCGUGGUCGAGGAAGCGGUAUUCCCAGAGGUCGUGGAGCACCCCGAGGUGGUCGUGGCGGCCCCAGUGUACACACUGGUGUUAACCAACAGCAAGGCAGAGGUGGAGGCGGCAACAGUCCAAGUCGAGGUGCGUUGAAUCCUCAAGCUGCUCAAUUUAAUCCUGGUGGAGGAAAUAAGAGAGCCCGAGAGGAGGGCGAAGUUGCAGAUGGCGGUGGGCUAGGGAAGAGAAUCCGCGGCGAAGGCGCUGCGGCACAGUAG